UUACCCUUGUGGCAAAACAAUAGGUGGCGCAAUGUGCCUAUGGUGUGGGAAACGCCAAAUACUCCAAAGAAGAAGAAGAAGAAGAAGAUACAGUAAGAUACAGUCCGUUGGUUGAACUGGAGGGAGCGAAAACAUUUGCAGUAGAGUGAAAUUAUCUGGAUUAAUAAUGAAACGCAGCUAUCCCGGCGAAGCUGAAAACAGAAUAGACAAAAAAGAGUGUGGUCAAACUCCCCAGAUUAUCCUCCUUCUCUGCACACAAACUCCACGGCUGUUGGUCAACACCGUCAGCGUUGCAGCAGCUCCUAUCCAAAGGACGAGUUGUACCCAUGGUUUUACCUCUCUCCCGAGUCCGGCCCCGGAAAAUAACAAUGUGCCGUUGCAUCGGACAGUACUGAGGCGAGGACAUGAUCCUCUUCUCUCCAUUGAGAAAUGCUCAAGCUGCUGCAACAUGUACCACUGUGACUACUGUAAGAUGCUGCAUAAACAUUUACAUGAGGCAAAAAAUCAUGUUGCAAAUCAUCUUCGAAAUGCUGUUCAACAGGAAGGUUUUGUCAUUAUCAAGUGUGGUCUAGGCUGCAGACAAGCACCACAUUUUCACUGCUGCUACUGCACGUCAACGUUAAUCAGAAGGGAUGCUCUGAUUAAACAUUUAACAGCUUGUAAAAAUACAUCAUACAAACAGCCUCCACCCAUAGUGCCAGCAGCAGCAGCACCACCUCCAUCCACAGCAGAAGUACCUCCGUCACAAGUGCCUCCAUCCCCAGCAGAAGAACCCCUGUCCCCAGCACAAAGACCUCCAUCCUCAGCAGAAGAACCCCUAUCCCCAGCAGAAAGACCUCCACACACAGCAGAUGGACCCCCAUCCCCAGCAGAAGAACCCCUAUCCCCAGCAGAUGGACCUCCAUCCCCAGCAGAAGAACCCCUAUCCCCAGCAGAUGGUCCUCGAUCCACAGCAGAAGGACCUUCAUCCUCAGCAGAAGAACCCAUAUCCCCAGCACAAAGACCUCCACACACAGCAGAUGGACCUCCAUCCUCAGCAGAAGAACCCCUAUCUCCAGCAGAAAGACCUCCACACACAGCAGAUGGACCUCCAUCUCCAGCAGAAGAACCCCUAUCCCCAGCAGAUGGACCUCGAUCCACAGCAGAAGGACCUCCAUCCUCAGCAGAAGAACCCCUAUCCCCAGCAGAAAGACCUCCACACACAGCAGAUGGACCUCCAUCCACAGCAGAAGGACCCCCAUCCCCAGCAGAAGAACCCCUAUCCUCAGCAGAAAGACCUCCACACACAGCAGAUGGACCUCCAUCCAGGGCAGAAGGACCCCCAUCCCCAGCAGAAGAACCCCUAUCCCCAACCGAAAGACCUCCAUCCACAGCAGCAGCUCCUCCAACUCCAGCUGAAGGACCUCCAUCCACAGCAGCUUCAUCAUCAGCAUUGCAUCAGACAGUACUGAGGCGAGGACAUGAUCCUCUUCUCUCCAUUGAGAAAUGCUCAAGCUGCUGCAACAUGUACCACUGUGACUACUGUAAGAUGCUGCAUAAACAUUUACACCAGGCACAAAAUCAUGUUACAAAUCAUCUUCGAAAUGCUGUUCAACGGGAAGGUUUUGUCAUCAUCAAGUGUGGUCUAGGCUGCAGACAAACGCCACAUUUUCACUGCUGCUACUGCAAGUCAACAUUAAUCAGAAAGGAUGCUCUGAUUAAACAUAUAACAACUUGUAAAAAUACAUCAGACAGACAGUCUCCACACAUAGUGCCAGCAGCACCACCACCUCCAUCUACAGCAGAAGUACCUUCAUCCACGGUAGAAGGACCUCCACCAGAAGUAGCUCCAUUCCCACCAAGUACCUCCAUCUACAGCAGAAGUACCUUCAUCCACGGUAGAAGGACCUCCACCAGAAGUAGCUCCAUUCCCAUCACAAGUACCUCCAUCUACAGCAGAAGUGCCUCGAUUCCCAGCAGCUUCAUCGUCAGCAGUAAGAUUACGUGUCCGGCAGCAAGUCAGGGUUGCUUGCCCACACUGCGACAUUCAAAUAAAUAAGAAGAACUUGCUGGUUCACAUAAACAGAAAACACAGGCACACCACUAUUCUGUGAAAAUUAGACUUACUGUAAUAUUGAGGAUGGAUGGUGUUUAUGUAAUUUUGUUGUUUUGUUUUGUAAAAUGUCUUGUUUUAACCUAUUAAAAUGUCAUGAAAAACAAA